AUGGAGAUCUUCGGUAUAUACGUGCCAAUCUGGAUCAGUCUGAUGGUGGCAGCUAUUAUCCUGUAUACUUUUUUGAUGAGUCGUGACUUCUUGACCUUCUGGAGGAUGGGAAUACCGGGUCCCACGCCUUUACCGAUUGUCGGUAACCGAAUGAGCAUGACGUCGAAGGGUGUCCGUGCCUUUGACCAGACGUCGCUUAAGAAAUAUGGAAAAGUUUACGGACAUUUCGAUAUGCUGUCUACAAACUUAGUCGUAGCCGACAAGGAGAUGAUGAGAGAAAUUCUUGUAAAACAGUUUAAUAACUUCCCAGAUAGAAGAACAUUUGGGGAAGGUUUCGCCGGCGAUAUGGAUCAUGGACUGGCCGGUGUUAAAGGUACCAACUGGAAAUACAUGAGAAGUGUUAUCACUCCUGCAUUUUCGUCUGGGAAACUUCGCCAGAUGGUACCAUUGAUCCAGGACGGGUGUAAUACUCUGAUAAAAACUGCCCGGAACGCCAUCCAAACUGGUGACGGUGGCCAAGUGGAAAUGAAAAGGCUAUUUGGGGGAUUCACAAUGGAUGUUAUUAGUUCCACUGCCUUUGGCAUCAAGGUGGAUUCCCAGAAUAACCCAGAUGACCUCUUUGUGAUACACGCCAAGAGAAUGUUCGACUUUUCACUUACCAAACUAUGGGUUCUAGCUAUAGUAUUCUUUCCAGCGAUAAAACCACUUCUGAUAAAGUUCGGGGCUUCCCUCUUCCCAAAGGAUAGCCUGGCUUACUUCCGCAAUCUAACGUUCAAAAUGCUGAAUGAAAGAAAAGAAAACAAAGAGAUGGGUCGCAAAGAUUUCCUCCAGUUGAUGAUUGAUGCUCAGGAAGGAAGACUCGAAGUUGAUGAUGCAGAUGAGGAUUCAAAAGAACACAGUGAUCUAUGGUCAAUACGAAAGCAUCACGGACUAACAUAUCAUGAAAUUCUGGGAAAUGCAGAACUGUUCUUUGUUGCGGGAUACGAAACAACGGCUAUAGCAUUAACAAUGAAUGCUUACAAUCUCGCUAGUCAUCCAGAAUGUCAAGACAGAUUGCGUCAAGAAAUCGAGGAAAAUAUCGGAUCGGAAGAGAUCGACUUCGAGAAUGUGAAGAAUCUACAAUAUCUCGACAUGUGUAUCAACGAGACAUUGCGACUGUAUCCUACAGCUGUGAGAUUUGAUAGAGUGUGCGUAAAAACCUCUCAGAUUAAGAACAUUACUAUACCAGCGGGGAUGGCGGUCAGUGUUCCUGUUUAUGCGAUACAUCACGAUCCCGAUAUCUGGGAAAACCCGGAUGUUUUCAAUCCAGAGAGAUUUUCGUCCACCGAGAAAGCUAGCCAUGAUCCGUUGGAUUUCAUACCGUUUGGUUAUGGUCCUCGCCAAUGUGUCGCAAUGCGACUCGCUUUUAUGGAAGCAAAGAUGGCAACAGUUCAUAUCGUGCGCAACUUCCGGUUGCAUGUCGGCAGCAAAACUGAGAUCCCUCCGACUAUGGAGGAGAAGGCGAUAGUUAAACCUCUGUCGAUGUGGUUGAAGCUUGAGGAGAUAAAAUGA